CAUGUAGACCUAGGUCGCAAUAAGAAAGGCUCCACUAUUCUCCAUUUCACUUCGUUCAAAGCACGCCGUGUUUCGCUAUCUCUCCCAUUCUCUCGCAUCUCAAUACCCUUUUGAUUUGUGAAAGGAAAGCAAACAUGCUUGAUCAGGUCCAACACCCUACAAUCAUGGACAAGGUUGCUGGCCAGCUCCAUCUCCGUUCUGGUGUUUCUGGUAUUAGGAGUUAUGAAGGAGCCUACUGCCACCCCACAAUGUACCAAAGACCCUCUUUUGGGAAUUACUCGAAUGCUGCAUUGCAGUAUCCUGUGAUGCCCUCAUGCAAAGCUACUAUGGAUUUGUCUGCUGCUGCAACAACUGCCUCCCCCGUCUUUGUUGCUGCUCCAGCAGAGAAAGGCCAUUUUCUUAUAGACUUUCUCAUGGGAGGUGUUUCAGCAGCUGUCUCAAAAACUGCUGCUGCUCCCAUUGAACGUGUUAAGCUUUUGAUCCAGAACCAGGAUGAGAUGAUCAAAACUGGUAGACUUUCUGAGCCCUACAAGGGUAUUGGUGAUUGCUUUAAGAGAACAAUGGCAGAUGAGGGUGUUGUUUCUCUAUGGAGAGGAAACACUGCAAAUGUCAUCCGUUAUUUCCCUACCCAGGCUUUGAACUUUGCAUUCAAGGACUACUUCAAGAGGCUUUUUAACUUUAAGAAGGAUAGGGAUGGCUACUGGAAAUGGUUUGCUGGCAACUUGGCCUCUGGUGGUGCUGCUGGUGCUUCAUCCCUUUUGUUUGUUUACUCUCUUGACUAUGCCCGUACCCGUCUUGCCAAUGAUGCUAAGGCUGCAAAGAAGGGAGGAGAGAGACAGUUCAAUGGCCUUGUUGAUGUCUACAGGAAGACAUUGGCAUCUGAUGGUGUUGCUGGGCUCUACCGUGGUUUCAACAUCUCAUGUGUUGGAAUCAUUGUGUAUCGUGGUCUGUACUUUGGAUUGUAUGAUUCCGUGAAACCAGUUGUCCUCACCGGAUCAUUGCAGGAUAGCUUUUUUGCCAGCUUUGCCCUCGGAUGGCUCAUCACCAAUGGUGCAGGUCUUGCAUCAUACCCAAUUGACACUGUUAGAAGAAGAAUGAUGAUGACCUCUGGUGAAGCUGUCAAGUACAAGAGUUCCUUGGACGCAUUCACACAGAUCCUCAAGAAUGAGGGCGCCAAGUCCUUGUUCAAGGGUGCCGGUGCUAACAUCCUCCGUGCCGUUGCUGGUGCUGGUGUGCUUGCUGGUUACGACAAGUUGCAGGUUCUUGUGUUCGGCAAGAAGUAUGGUUCUGGUGGUGCUUAAUUUCAGUGCUGAGUCAGUGUUAUUAUUAUUGUUUUUUAGAUGGCGAUGAUAAAAACCGUUCUGAGUUUCAAGAGUUUUUUAGACUAAUGGCUGCCGCAAAUUUUGUUUAAUAAAUUUUCUAGAUGGGAUAUUGUCCCAAAAACCGUUUUUAAAUUUCAUCAUGAUGGAAAUUUUACAUUGAGAAUAUGAUUUAUUUGAGUGGCAGGGAUAAGUGGCUGUCACUUGGAAUUCCAAUUUAAUGAUUUUAAAAUGUUACACAUUAUUGUUCAAGUUCAAGAUUGUCAAUUCGUCAUAUUUUUAGAAUAAAGUGCUGAUGAUUGUUUUGC